AUGUUAGUAGACUUCAUUUUGAUCAAAUUAAGCUACGCCUAUGAAGAAGUAAUAGACACCGUGGUCUAUGAAAUGAACGCCAAGAUUUCAUCGGAAAACUGGGUCAAAGCGGCAUCCACGGAUCCACAGCCAUACGCCUCAUUCAAUGCCGUAUGCAACCAUUUGCUCAUAGCCAGUAAAGGUAAUCCUGACCUGGCAGAAACCAUUCUCGGAUGUAAGACCAAAGUGCUUGAUAAUGGAAACACGAAAUUGAAGGUUUACUUCGACGCCGCAUCCGUAGAGGCACAGACGGAAUGUCAAAAGGAAGAACUAAAUUCUAUAUUGGAUGAGUGGAAAAAAAUGGUUGGCGUUCAUUUUAAAGUCAACUCUGCUCAGUUGGAUCUGAAACGUAAGACCUUCUCCAGUGCUGGUGAAUAUGGCGGUGUUGAUGUUUGUGGUGGUAGUGUUGUUGUUGGUUAUUUUGGCGGUGAUGGUGGUGGUGGUGAUGUUGGUCGUGAAGGUGGUGUUCGUGGUAGUGGUGAUUGUGGUGAUGCUCUUCCCGAGAAGUUCAAAGUGAAAGUAUCUGACAGAAAUCAGGAUCAAAACGAAUCUAAAACGACGACGGAAACCUCGACCGCAACAAGAACAGCAACAGAAACAAAAACAAAGAACACUGGGAGUGAUACCAUAUCCUCCGAUACUGCAACCCUCCGCAUGACCACAGCACCGGCAUCGUCAUCAUCAUCAUCGACAAAAACAACAAUCACAACCGCGAAGGAAUCAUUCACAUCAGAACCGAUAAUCAACGCUAGUAGUGCUGAUGAUGCCGGAGAACCUAGUGUUGAUCUUAAAUCUUCCUCCGAUCAAAACAUCAAACUAAAUCCGGAAACCACAAACAAUCAAGAAAAGAAUGAAGGUGAGUGA